AUGACGGAUACGGUUAUUCCGAGGGGAGAGGUCAGGUUUACCGGGGAGGGGAGGAGGAGGACUGUGUUUGGAGGGGUAAAUGGAGGAGGAGGGCCUGGAGGGUAUGAAACAAACAGCCUCGAAAGUAUCGACCUCGAAGCCCUCCCAGACCUCCCGGAACCACCCCAACCAGCCACUCUACCAAACCGCCGUCGUACAUCAACCAUCGACGACCGAUUACCCCCUUCCCUCCCCCGCUCAACCACCGCACCAAUCCUCACAUCUGCCCCCAAAAUACCGAAUUCAACAUCCACCAACACCCUCAACGCCCCCAAAAAGGGCCUCACCAAGUCCACCUCCUUCCAAAACCUCAAAAAGUCCCUCUCAUCUUCAAUCUACAACACCGCACCCGCCGCCCCCCCAGCCCCUAACUUCGAACUCGUGCCCUUACGCAGUUUGAUCGCGCAAUCCUACAAAGACUUACGCACCCUCAAGUUACUACACGAGAACCAACGGCAGAAUUCGAGUAAUCUAGCAGUGAUCUCGGAGAGCGAGACGAAUGCGGGUGAGGUCUUGGAGGGGAAUAAGGGGAGGAGCUUGAAGAGGGCGAGGAGUUAUAAUUCGAUGAUGGUGCUUGAGACGGCUGGGGAGAAUGGACAGGGUCAGGAGAUUGAUUUUGAGAAGAUUGAGAGGAAUUUGAAGGGGUUUGAGGAGUUUUAUCGGGCGUGGGUGAAGUAUGGGGAGGAGAGGGGGGAGGAUGUUAGUGAAGUCCAUCUCGUAGCAAUGAUUUCGAAACGAGGAGAGCUGGUCCGCAGUGUCAAAGAAGGCGGAAGAGUAGCUGGCAAAGAAGUCCCUGAGAUUCCGAAACCGCCGACGAUGAGAGCUCCGGAUUGUGGGAUGUGA